UUAUCGCAGACUUGUUUAGUCAGGAGUCGGCGGCUCGCGAUGCCGCACCAAUAUGACUCCUCCGCACAGCUUCGCCAUCCGCGACUUACUGCCGGAGGCUUCGUCUCGAUCACCUUCCCCGUCAGACACAGAACUAGACGUCACCGGAACUGAAACUCCACCACCUGGAUCGAGCAAUGAUGAGAAGAAAAAGAACGAAAAACCAGCUUAUAGUUACAACGCGUUAAUAAUGAUGGCGAUCCGUAGCAGUCCCGAAAAACGAUUGACUCUAAAUGGAAUUUAUGAGUAUAUAAUGAAGAAUUUCCCCUAUUAUAAGGAAAAUAAACAGGGCUGGCAGAAUUCGAUACGACACAACCUGAGUUUGAACAAAUGUUUCGUCAAAGUUCCGCGGCAUUAUGAUGAUCCGGGAAAAGGGAAUUAUUGGAUGUUGGAUCCGUCGUCAGAUGACGUUUUUAUUGGUGGGACUACAGGAAAGUUGAGGAGAAGAUCAACAGCUGCGUCGAGAUCGCGCUUGGCUGCGUUUAAACGCGGCGCGAUUCUUCAUCCGAUGUUCGGGAACCCUUACGCCUCAUUAGUUGGAUUGUAUCCUCCUCUAUUAUCAGUAUAUGGAAGGUAUGCGUUGCCUAGUCCACUACUGAGGCUCCCGCCGCCGCCUCCGAGUCCAUAUCAUCAAUUAUACAGAAGGAUACAUGGACUAACGCCGUCGGUAAGUCCGCCGGCUGAGGACUCUCAUAUGGUCAAACACAGUUGAUCAAAUCAAUUCGUGGUCUUUCUUACCUAGGUACAUGAAUUACCUUCACGAAGACCGGACUGUGAAUAAGCUGUGAUAGGUGGAGUGUAAUGGUAGUGGUUGUAUAAAGUGUAACGCUAUUUAUUGUCGCAUUAAGAGUAUUUAACGAAUUAAUUUAAGUAAUAUAUAAGUUAUAUUGGGAAUUAAAGAUGUUUACAAGCUGAAUGCUUGAUGAUAAUUUA